AUGUCUGACACUCAAUUCGAUGCUGCUUUGGAUAUCCUCAGAAGAUUGAACCCCACUACACUGCAAGAAAAUUUAAAAAAUUUGAUAGAAUUGCAACCGAACUUGGCGCAAGAUCUGCUAUCUUCAGUAGACGUUCCCCUAUCUGUCCAGAAGGACCCCACUCACUCACAUCGCGAAUAUCUCUGCUGUGAUUACAACCGUGAUAUUGACUCGUUCAGAUCACCAUGGUCGAACACCUAUUUCCCAGAAUUGUCCCCAGAGGAUUUGCAAGACAGUCCCUUUCCUUCCGCGCCUUUGAGAGAGAUGGAGAUCUUGGCUAAUGACUCUUUCGAUGUUUACAGAGAUCUGUACUACGAAGGGGGUAUCUCCAGUGUGUAUCUUUGGGAUCUUAAUGAAGAUGAUUUCGAUGGACACGAUUUCGCAGGGGUAGUGCUUUUCAAGAAAAACCAAUCCGACCAUAGCAAUUGGGACAGUAUCCAUGUUUUCGAAGUCACAGCUUCCCCUUCAACUCCCGGCUCUUUCGAUUAUAGAGUCACCACUACAAUUAUCUUACACUUGGACAAACCAAAGAAUGACCAGGACUCCCAUAUGAUGUUGUCUGGGAACUUAACAAGACAAACAGAAAAGGACAUCGCCGUGGACAUGUCCCGUCCACUGGACGUUAUCUCCACAUCACACGUUGCAAAUUUGGGAUCCUUGAUUGAGGAUAUCGAGUCUCAAAUGAGAAACUUAUUGGAAACCGUUUAUUUCGAAAAGACAAGAGAUAUCUUCCACCAAACAAAGAACGCUGCGAUUGCAUCCUCUGCCGAGGAGGCCAACAAAGGUGCCCAUGCAGAGAUCAUCAAGGGCCUACAGUCUCUAUAG